AUGAUCCCUCCAUGUGAUCCGUGCAUCCUCGAACAGAACCCCCAAUUUAAACGAGUCUACGAGAACAUCACCAAGAACUUGCUCAAUCCCGAUGGCUCUUCCUGCGCUCGAACUGCCGACCCGGCACGGAAGGCCGUUGAUGAUGAGCUGAAACAGUACCAGCUACAGCGCGCGAAGGAUCAGAUCAAGAAGAAUGCUGUCCAGCAAUUGGCGUUUGCAAAGCAGAGCGAGCUUUCCGAUGAGUGUCGCGACAAUCUUGCUCUGAUAUCUCUGUAUCUUGAGAAUGCUUCACCUGUCGCGAAUCCCUGUGAGACCGCUCGAAAUGGCGAGUCGCAACCACAAUCGCAAGCCCCCGACGACUCACUCGCUCUCCUCAAACCUACAAUCACCUCCUUCUACACGUCCAUUCCAUCCCUAAUCCAACCCUUCUCAACACUCCUGUCCGAGUCAGUCUCAACCCUCCGCAUCCUCUCCGCAACCUCUUCAAAGCAAGAUACAACCGCAGCUACAGCCACGUCCUCAACCCAACAACCCGACCCAGAGAGCUCCGCCCCAGAUCACAACCAGUUUCGCACUCGCGCUCGCGCUCGAGACCAUCGCGUCCGGACAUCUCUCGCACCUUUGCCCAAGGUGUCAGUCCAACUUGGCCAGCGAGUCGAAGCUCUGCGCCAGAGACAAAUCUCCGAUCUUCCAGCCGCAAGAAGAGAUUUGGCCGUGGUGGCGGCAAAGGUGAUGAGUAUGCGGGCUGCGGUUCUCGAGCGAAUGCUCGAAAUCGCUUCGACUAUUCACACGCCCGAGACUGUGGCCGCACUGCGUCGAUAUCAGGAACACCUGCUAGAGACUCGUUUACAACUCGACGAACGAAGAGUCGUUGCAAUUGAAGACUUGAAGAAGUACGGUUUUUACGAGUCUUUAGAAGAUGAAAAUCAGCCUGAGAGUGAUAUGCGAGGAGGUUCCAAACAGACGUGGGAAGAGCUCGCCGUCAGAUAUGGCCGGUUGCUGAAGCAGAUAGAUUCCGCGAAGAAGGAGAUUGCAUCUGUGGGCGAGGAGAGAAUGUAA